GCCGGUCGAACUAGUGUCGCAAAACAAGUACGACUCUGUUGAUAGCGCCGUGUAACAAUUCGCCCAAGCUAACGACUUGACGUCACAUGCAAAAAUCUUCACAACUAAUCCGAAAUGGCGACGGCAAUAUAUUUGGAACAUUACCUAGAUAGUAUUGAAAACCUUCCAUGUGAACUCCAGAGAAACUUCACGCUGAUGCGAGACCUGGACAACAGGACUGAAGAAAAGAAGGUGGAGAUCGACAAGCUGGCCGAGGAGUACAUAGCCAAAGUGAAGAACUUGGCGUCGGAGCAGCGGGUGGAGCACCUGCAGAAGAUCCAGAGCGCCUACAGCAAGUGCAAAGAGUUCAGCGAUGACAAAGUGCAGCUGGCCAUGCAGACCUACGAGAUGGUGGACAAACACAUACGGCGCCUGGACGCCGACCUGGCGCGCUUUGAGAACGAGCUGAAGGAGAAACUGGAAGUGAGCGGCUACGAAAGUGCAGACGGACGAGCGCUGAAAAAAACGGAGUCCCGCGGCCUCCGGGAGAAGCGUGGCUCUCGGGGGCGAGGAAGGAAAGGUUCCGAUGAGGAUUCGCCCAAAAAGAAAAAGAUCAAAAACAGCCCGGAAAUGAGCGACGCCCUCCUGCCCAUGCAGCCGUCGGACGUCCUGGACAUGCCGGUGGACCCCAACGAGCCCACCUACUGCCUGUGUCACCAGGUGUCGUACGGGGAGAUGAUCGGCUGCGACAACCCCGACUGUCCCAUCGAGUGGUUUCACUUCGCCUGCGUCGACCUCGCCACAAAGCCCAAAGGAAAAUGGUUUUGUCCACGAUGCACCCAAGACAAGAAGAAAAAAUAAGAAAUGUCUCAUUAUAUUGCACUAGUAAAAUAGUGUGAUGAUAUACAGGAAUAUAUAUUUUAGUUCCUCUCCAUAUAAGCUUUCUUAAAAAAGGCCUAAUAUGUAUUUUAGAAGUGCAGCUACGAGGGGUGUAACGGUGCGGCAAAAAUCAGGAUAAUUUGAUCGUUUUCAGGUUGUGGGUCGGUUCACGAUGGGUAUAAAAGGCAACAAAAUGGACAAAAAAAACAAAGUUAACAUAAAAUCAGUCGAUUCUCCAAAUAAACCAAAUAAUGUAGUCAUUAAAUUGAAAGCAAUAUUUUUAAAAUUAUGUAACAGCUUGAAUGUAUCUUCUUAGUUAAGGUGAAGAGCAAAUUGUUACAUGAUUAGUUUUUAUUUAUUGCAAAGUGCACCUUUAAUUGUAAUUUUUAGGGGGGGUGGAGUGCAACAACGCUUGCAUCUUUUCGUGAAAGUCCAACAUCAGUAGUAUUUUUUCUUUUUCAAAACGUUCGGCAUCGGUAGUAUGUCAACAGUUUUUUGUUGUCGUUUUUUAGGAAAGUGCUACCUCACCUUUUUAGGAAACUCCGACCUCAAUGGUAUAU